AUGCCCCGAGCGGGCGUAUUUUGGAAACAAUACCGCGCGGUGCACAGUGGCCUCCACCCGCGCCACCCGCCAGCUGCCGCUGCCGCCCUUGCCAGCGCCUCCCGCCACUCGCCGCAGCCCGCUGGGCUCUUUCCCUCCUUCCCAGUUGAGUCUGGGCGCCGCCCCCGAGUGUUCGUCACGCUGGACCCUGGCGCGGAGCCCUGGCAUCACGACUCGGAGGCGGAGACUCUCUCCUGGAGUCAUCCAGGGGAGAUGGAGCCACCUCAGUGCGUGGAGGAGCUGGAGGAUGACGUGUUCCAGCCAGAGGAUGGGGAGCCGGGGAGCCAGCCUGGGAGCUUGCUGUCUGCUAACCUGUUUGCCCAGAGCCAGCUGGACUGCCCCCUCAGCCACCUGCAGCUCUUCCCUCUCACCCACUGCUGCGGCCCUGGGCUUCGACCCACCAGCCAGGAGGACAAGGCUACCCAGACCCUCAGUCCGGCCUCCCCGAGUCAGGGUGUCAUGCUGCCUUGUGGGGUGACCGAAGAACCCCAGCGACUCUUUUAUGGCAACGCUGGCUACCGGCUUCCUCUCCCUGCCAGUUUCCCGGCAGGCUUGCCCCUUGGUGAGCAGCCCCCUGAAGGGCAUUGGCAACAUCGAGCAGAGGUACAGAUUGCCCGAAAGCUUCAGUGCAUUGCAGACCAGUUCCACCGGCUUCAUAUGCAGCAACACCAGCAAAACCGAAAUCGAGUGUGGUGGCAAAUCCUCCUCUUCCUACACAACCUGGCCCUGAAUGCAGAAGAGAACAGGAAUGGGGCAGGUCCCAGGUGAGGCUGGGCCGCCCUCUCCGCAUGGACCAUCACAGGAAGGACAUCGGCGAGGACUGACCCCGCGUCUUGUGAAGUCUGUUCAUUGCUGUUUUGUGUUUGCGUUUUAAAAGUUUCUGUGUACAUAAGACAUACCCAAGCGAGACCUAUUUCCCUGUUCAGGACCUCACCGGGAAUGAGGGCCGUUGUCAAACACUGUUGAAGUAGA